UCCCACAGGCCAGUUUCGCGACGCCACCGCUGCCGCGGCAGCCGCGGUGCAUGCCGGUACUUGUAGUCGUCCGGGCGCACCAGCCAGCCGAAGUGCCUGAGCGUUCCCUUUUCGAUAGAUUUUUCGGUCGUGUGGAGCCGUCUUACGAUGGGAGGAUUUACGUGCUGUGUUCCUGGAUGCUACAACAACAGCACAAGGGAUAAAGGCUUGGGUUUCUACGUCUUUCCUAAAGAGCAAAAGCUUCGGGAGACGUGGAUUCAGCGUAUCAACAGGGCUGGACGGGGCGGCAGGUUCUCCAAGUUUACGCCUACCACGGGACACCGAGUAUGCGGUGCCCACUUCGAAGGAGGAAAAAAGACUUACAUGAACAGAGUGCCCACAAUCUUCCCGCUGAGACCGCAAAAGGUGGAAAGGAGGCGACCACUCAUAAGGACACAGCCGGAACUUCCCAACAGUCCAACUGUGGCACCCCAGCACGACCCAGAAGUCUCAGGCUCUGCCAUCACUAGUAGCAGCAGCGACAGUGAAGACACCGCACAGCAAAGCACUCUACUCAUGGACCAUGCCUACAGCAGCCAAGAGUCAAGCUAUGACCAGCUUUCCAAGAAAGUUGCUUGCCAAAAUAAUAUAAUAACUGAGCUAGCAGAAAAGGCUGAAGCUGCUUACGCGCAUGUUGAAGAGCUCAACCGCCAGCUAAAACGCUCUCAACAGGACCACGCUGAAGCAAAAAAGCUAUGUGACCGCCUUCAGCAGAAGAAUAGGUGCUUGCGGCUUGAGCUAUCCUGUAUGCAGAAGAAAGUCAAGAGGUGCAAGGCUGAAGCUACACAAAAGAUUGACAUCACGUAUGAAGCCCUUGUAGAAGAUGAAAAGAAGCUGCGGUACUACACUGGCUUUACAUCCAGAAAGUCCUUCGACAGUUUUUGGUCCCUACUUGAACCAGAUGCGAAAAAGCUGCGGUUCUGGCAGAUGAAGGAAACGGAGAACGAGGACCGGAACUUCAUCCUGCCUUUGAAGACACAGCUUGUGCUCGUCCUGAUGAGGCUACGGCUGGGCCUUGACGGCCUUGACCUUGCGUACAGGUUUGGCGUUUCUACGUCAACCGUUUCGAGGAUCUGGGUAACAUGGCUGGAUUUUUUGGACAACAGGCUUCGCCAGGCCACAAGCUUUCACUGACAAGGGCUACACCACUGUUGACGGCAUCCUCGACUGCACCGAAAUUUUCAUCGAAACCCCCUCGUCAUUCCGUGUACAGAGUGAGACCUAUUCCUCGUACAAAAAGCACAAUACUGCAAAAGGGUUAGUUGUGUGCAGCCCGAACGGCUUUGUUAUGUUCGUGUCCGAUCUUUCUCCUGGGAGGCUGUCUGACAAGGCCCUAACAAAGGCUUCCGGUGUGUUGGAAAAGUUCUCACCAGGGCGAAGUUUGAUGGCUGAUAGGGGGUUCACCAUCGAAGAAGAGUGCAAGGAACUUUCACUGCACUUGAACAUUCCGCCAUUCAUGGAAGGACGGCCUCAA